UUCUUGGUUCUGAAGGUUGAUGUGAUGGGUGCAGAAAUGGCUACUGGUGGAGCUGCUCCCCAGAGAGGAACUGCAGCAGCAGCUGCUGCUAACAUGCGUAGGAGAAGAACUACUAGUGGCGGGUCUGCAGGUGGAGCAAGUGGAACCAUGCUCCAGUUCUACACAGAUGAUGCCCCGGGACUCAAGAUUUCUCCCAAUGUUGUGCUUGUAAUGAGCAUUGGUUUUAUUGCCUUCGUCGCUGUUCUCCACGUCAUGGGCAAGCUGUACUUUGUCCGCAGAGAGGCAUAAGAUAGUCUCAUGUUUGCUUCCUAACAGCAACAUUGUCAAUUUCCAAUUUCGGCAAAUUGGAAAAAGUUAUACCUUUCUUGAGGAGUAUACUUUCUGUUAGAAUUGUUUUCUUUUUUAAGUUUGGAACUAUCCAAUUCACUACUGGAAAUUUUGGUAUUCAGCAAUGCCUUUAAGUGGAUCCAUUGAUGCAGUUUUGAAUGCCAUUACAACCGCAAAUUGUCAAAAUAGUUAUGACUCUUGUAAUCUUAUACUAAUACAUGAUUUCUUCCAAGCGGGCUUGGAGUGGCAUAUAAGUGAACUCAUAAGCUACUUUUUUAUAUGAAUGUAUUAACAUAUGAUCA